AUGGAGCCGGCAGCUGGCGGCCCCGGCCCGCUGAUCUUGAACAACAAGCAGCCCCAGCCGCCGCCACCUCCGCCGCCGGCUACCGCGCAGCCUCCACCCGGAGCACCACGGGCCGCCGGGGCUCUCCUGCCCGGGGGCAAAGCCCGAGAGUUCAACCGCAACCAGCGCAAAGACUCGGAGGGCUAUUCCGAGUCGCCAGACCUCGAGUUUGAAUAUGCUGACACAGAUAAGUGGGCUGCAGAGCUCUCGGAGCUUUACAGCUACACAGAAGGGCCAGAAUUCCUGAUGAAUCGAAAAUGCUUUGAGGAGGACUUCCGGAUCCAUGUGACAGACAAGAAGUGGACUGAGCUGGACACCAACCAGCACCGUACCCAUGCCAUGAGGCUCCUAGAUGGCUUAGAAGUCACUGCCAGGGAGAAGAGACUCAAGGUGGCUCGAGCAAUUCUCUACGUUGCCCAAGGCACCUUUGGGGAGUGUAGCUCAGAGGCAGAGGUGCAGUCCUGGAUGCGCUACAACAUCUUUCUGCUCCUGGAGGUGGGCACGUUCAAUGCUUUGGUGGAACUUCUGAACAUGGAAAUAGACAACAGUGCCGCCUGCAGCAGUGCGGUGAGGAAGCCGGCCAUCUCCCUGGCUGACAGCACAGACCUGAGGGUCCUGCUCAACAUCAUGUACCUGAUUGUGGAGACUGUUCACCAGGAGUGUGAGGGUGAUAAGGCUGAGUGGAGGACGAUGCGGCAGACCUUCAGGGCCGAGCUGGGUUCCCCACUGUACAACAGUGAGCCAUUUGCCAUCAUGCUGUUUGGGAUGGUGACCAAAUUUUGCAGUGGCCAUGCACCCCACUUCCCCAUGAAGAAAGUUCUCUUGCUGCUCUGGAAGACUGUCUUGUGCACGCUGGGUGGCUUUGAGGAGCUGCAGAGCAUGAAGGCUGAGAAGCGCACCAUCCUGGGCCUCCCCCCGCUGCCUGAGGAUAGCAUCAAAGUGAUCCGCAACAUGAGGGCCGCCUCCCCCCCAGCGUCUGCCUCAGACCUGAUUGAGCAGCAGCAGAAACGGGGCCGUCGGGAGCACAAGGCUCUGAUAAAGCAGGACAACUUGGACGCCUUCAACGAGCGGGAUCCCUACAAGGCUGAUGACUCUCGAGAAGAGGAAGAGGAGAAUGAUGACGACAAUAGUCUGGAGGGGGAGACGUUCCCCCUUGAGCGUGAUGAGGUGAUGCCUCCCCCACUACAGCAUCCCCAGACCGACAGGCUUACCUGCCCAAAGGGGCUCCCGUGGGCUCCCAAGGUCAGGGAGAAGGACAUUGAGAUGUUCCUCGAGUCCAGCCGCAGCAAGUUCAUAGGUUACACUCUAGGCAGUGACACGAACACAGUGGUGGGGCUGCCCAGGCCAAUCCACGAAAGCAUCAAGACUCUGAAACAGCACAAGUACACGUCGAUUGCAGAAGUGCAGGCGCAGAUGGAGGAGGAGUACCUUCGCUCUCCUCUCUCAGGGGGAGAAGAAGACGUGGAGCAAGUCCCCGCAGAAACCCUCUACCAAGGCUUGCUCCCCAGCCUGCCUCAGUACAUGAUCGCGCUGCUGAAGAUCCUGCUGGCUGCAGCUCCCACCUCAAAAGCCAAAACAGACUCAAUCAACAUCCUAGCCGAUGUCUUGCCUGAGGAGAUGCCCACCACGGUUUUGCAGAGCAUGAAGCUGGGGGUGGAUGUGAACCGCCACAAAGAGGUCAUUGUAAAGGCCAUUUCUGCUGUCCUACUGCUGCUGCUCAAGCACUUUAAGUUGAACCACGUCUACCAGUUUGAAUACAUGGCCCAGCACCUGGUGUUUGCCAACUGCAUCCCUUUGAUCUUAAAGUUCUUCAAUCAAAACAUCAUGUCCUACAUCACUGCCAAGAACAGCAUUUCUGUCCUGGAUUACCCUCACUGCGUGGUGCAUGAGCUGCCGGAGUUGACGGCCGAGAGUCUGGAAGCAGGUGACAAUAACCAGUUUUGCUGGAGGAACCUCUUCUCUUGUAUCAAUCUGCUUCGGAUUUUGAACAAGCUGACAAAAUGGAAGCAUUCAAGGACGAUGAUGCUGGUGGUGUUCAAGUCAGCCCCCAUCCUGAAGCGCGCCCUGAAGGUGAAACAGGCCAUGAUGCAGCUCUACGUGCUGAAGCUGCUUAAGGUGCAGACCAAGUAUCUGGGGCGGCAGUGGCGGAAGAGCAACAUGAAGACAAUGUCUGCCAUCUACCAGAAGGUGCGGCAUCGGCUGAAUGACGACUGGGCCUAUGGCAAUGAUCUUGAUGCCCGGCCUUGGGACUUCCAGGCAGAAGAGUGUGCCCUCCGUGCCAACAUUGAACGCUUCAAUGCCCGGCGCUAUGACCGGGCCCACAGCAACCCCGACUUCCUACCGGUGGACAACUGCCUGCAGAGUGUCCUGGGCCAGCGGGUAGACCUCCCUGAGGACUUCCAGAUGAACUACGACCUCUGGUUAGAAAGAGAGGUCUUCUCCAAGCCCAUUUCCUGGGAAGAGCUGCUGCAGUGAGGCUCCUGGGCAGAGAACUGAAAAGGGAGGAAGGGGUGAUCGCUCCAGGUAUCCAAGGACAGUUCUGGCUCAUUGCUGCAGUGCUCCCGUCCUCCUCCAGGUGGCAGCACAGCCCCACUGUGCCCUUCCUAGCCAGCGCUGGGCUUGUGGGCGAGUCCAGGUUUGGUCUCGUUGAUUCCCAGUAUCCUGCUUGGGAGUGGUCAUCUCUCUGCUUGGGAUCCUCUCUUCCUUCACUUUUCCUCACCCUCCUCUCUUGGACAUGAUUGGUUGUAGCUCAUUUCUCAUUCAGCUCAAGGCUCGGAAAAGCUGGGAUGGGCUGGGAACCUAUUGCAUGUGAAUUUCAGGGGUCAUGCUGACUCCUCCUGAGACCCGCAGAUCCUUGCGUGUCAGCUCGCCAAGGAGGGCUUAGGAUUAGAGCCAAGGCCAGAAGGUCGGCAUCUUGGUUUUGCUUUGGGGGAUUUCCGAUGUCAUUCCAGCCUUCUGCUAAGUUUCAUACAGAAGCCGUUGCAGAGGCCCCUGCAGCUGCCUCAGCACUUGGUUGUGGACAGGGUUGGGGUAGGAAGAGAAGCUUCCCUUAGCCAGAGGUGCCAUUUUUCCUCUUGGUUUGCAAGGGUCUGUAAAUAUCUAUAUAUAAAUCUGUGUAUCAUCGUGUGUCAUUUUGGGGUUUUUAAUGUGUUUGUGUAUUCAGUUUACAUUAAAAGGAAGCAAAAACA